AUGUUGAAAUCUCUUGCGGUGGCGGCUCUUGUAGGAGCUUCUUCUGCGCAGAGCCUAUCUUUGCCGGAAGUGGAUCUUGGAUACGAAAUAUAUAGAGCUUCCAGUUUCAAUAACACUGGCAACUUCUACAACUUUAGUAACAUUCGAUAUGCGGCGCCUCCGGUUGGCGAAUUCAGAUUUGCCCCCCCUCAGCCGCCCGCUGAAAACCGGUCAGCCGUGAACACGGGUGGUGUUUCAAGGAUCUGCCCUCAGGCCUCUCCCGCAUGGAACGCGCCAGCGGCCCAAUUUCUGGGGAACGUGUUACUCGGUCUUCCUCCAUCAAACGUCACUUACGUACCUCCUCGAGCCAACUCAAGUAGCCCUAUCCCACCCCGUGACCCCCGCGAAUCCGAGGAUUGCCUGUUCUUGGAUGUUUACGUGCCGGAAGAUGUUUUCAGUAAUGUUGGUAAAGGCUACGGAGCUCCUGUCUUAGUGUGGAUCUACGGCGGUGGCUACACUAAUGGGAAUAAGAAUGAGAAUCCUGCAGGGUUGAUUGCCGCUUCUGGAAACUCCUCAAACGGCGACAUCAUCUACGUUGCGUUGAACUACAGACUUGGUGCCUUUGGCUUUACUUCUGGUCCUACAUUUAACGCUGAAGGUGGUGUCAGCAACCUUGGACUGUACGAUCAACGAUUCGCUCUGGAGUGGAUUCAGAAGCACAUCCACCUUUUUGGAGGAGACAAGAACCGCGUGACCGUUGUCGGCGAGAGUGCUGGCGGUGGAAGCAUCAUGCAUCAAAUUACGGCCUAUGGUGGAGAGAAAGGCCCGGUACCGUUCCAGCAAGCUGUGCCACAAUCACCUGGGUGGGCUGCUGUUCAGUCAGCUGUUCAACAGGAAGAUACCUAUCAGAGGCUUUUGGAGUUGACAAACACCACAUCCCUUGCCGAGCUUCGCGCACUCCCAUCUGAGGAGCUCAUCACGGCCAACGCGCGGCAGGUUGCUUACGACCCUACAUGGGGUCUAUAUGUAUACGGACCUGUAGUUGAUGGUCUCUUUGCGCCUCAACUUCCGAGCAGGCUUCUUGCCCAAGGUAAAUUUGACAAGAGCCUACGGAUCAUGGUUGGACACAAUGCUGCAGAAGGCGUAUACUUUACGCCUCCGACAGUGCAAUCUGAUGAGACUCUUCUUGCUCAGCUUAGAUUUGUCUAUCCGUUUGCUCCUCAGGAAUCUCUUGAUUACAUCGUCAACACCUUGUACCCACCCGUUUUCGACGGAACUUACCCAUACACCAACCAAUAUGAGAGGGCCACCCUAGUUGGGUCCGAGGGUGUCUUUACCUGCAAUACCAACUACCUGUCGACCGCAUUCAAAAACGAGACGUACUCAUACCUAUUCGCUGUCCCACCGGCGUUCCAUGGCCUCGAUGUUGCUUACACGUUCUAUGAUGGUGGAGCACUUUCACCACCAUUAGGUGUUGUCAAUCGCACGGUUGCCAUUGCGUUGCAGGAAUUUAUCGCAAGCUUUGCAGAGGGUGGUGUGCCUGAGGCUGAUGGUGUCACUCAGUUCAACAUGUACGGAGAAGACGCCGGCGUACUCAAGCUGAACAUUAGUGGCAUUGACGAAGUACGCGACAGCAAUGCCAAUGCAAGGUGUGCAUGGUGGCAGAAGGGUCUAAUCUAG